CACACACAUACAUAAGAUGUUGGAUGAUGAUAAUAAUGAUUUGCUGGCUGCAGCUUCCGAAAUACAACGCAAUCGUUUGUAUUUUGUCACAUUCAAGAAGAAUAUCAAACCACAGAGCACACCCAACACACACUACUUCAGCAUAGAUGAAGAAUAUAUUUAUGAGAAUUUUUACAAUGAUUUUGGACCACUCAAUAUUUGCAUGCUAUAUAGAUACUGCCAAAAAUUAAAUUCCAAAUUGACCGCAAAAUGUCAUGCCAACAAGAAAAUCAUACACUACACAACGCUCAAUGCGGCGAAGCGUCUAAAUGCCGCCUAUUUGAUUGGCUCAUACUCGAUCAUCUACCUAAACAAAUUACCGAUGGAUGCCUAUCGGCCGCUAGUCGCUGGCGAUAUACCCGCCUACACACGUUUCUGUGAUGCCUCUUUUGGGCCAAGUGGUUAUAAGAUUUCGCUAAUUGAUUGCUUGAAUGCUGUUUACAAGUCGCUGAAAGCUGGCUUCUUCAGCUUUGACGAUUUCGAUGCGGAGGAAUAUGAAUAUUUCGAACGUGUUGAGAAUGGCGAUUUCAAUUGGAUUGUGCCGCAAAAGUUUAUUGCCUUUUGUGGUCCGCAUCAGAAGUCGAAAACACUGCCGAACGGUUAUCCAUGUCAUUCGCCCGAACGUUAUUUUGAAUAUUUCCAUGAGAACAAUGUAACCACUGUGAUACGUUUGAAUGCGAAGGUUUAUCAUGCGUCGAGCUUCGAAAAUGCCGGAUUCGAUCAUAAGGAUCUGUUCUUCAUCGAUGGCAGCACGCCGAGUGAUUUGAUAUUGAAGAAAUUCCUCACCAUAUGCGAGAAUACGAAGGGUGCCAUAGCUGUGCAUUGCAAAGCUGGUCUUGGUCGCACUGGCAGCCUUAUCGGCGCCUACAUUAUGAAGCAUUAUAACUUUACAGCGCUGGAAGCUAUCGCCUGGUUACGACUGUGUCGGCCAGGCUCAGUUAUUGGCCACCAACAACAAUGGAUGGAAGACAAACAAGCAUGGCUCUGGGCCGAAGGUGAGCGCAUGCGCAAACGUUCUGGUGCGCAGUGUCCCAUACACAAGUAUGGCAUUUACAGCAUUGCGCUGAAACAAGUCCUGUCGACCGGUGGUGUGCCGCAGUUGACACAAACCAAAGAAAAUUGCGUCAAAGGUAUAUCACAAAAGGUGGAUACAAUGCACCUGCACGAUAGCGAAGAGAUAUCCGCCAAUGGCAACGUCAAAACGGGUGUAACAACGCGUGCACGUUCACCAAUUACCGCCAACACCGUUACGAACAAUACAACAACGACCAUGCCAACGCUCACGACCCAUAAUCGCCGUUCCAAGGAUAAGGCCAAAGCCGAUAGUCGCAAUGCGAAUGUGAGCAGCGUCAGUGAUGAAGAUACCACUAUCACGGAGGAGAAUGGUGAUGAUGAAGACACUACAGAUAAUUCCAAUGCCACUUAUAUAGCAUCAACGAGGCGACGCAAAUCACCAACAAUACAUGUUGGCACCACCCUAGCCUCCGCGGCAGCGGUAAAUUCGCUGGUAGACAGUAUAAAACCGCCAACGCCACCGGUACGGCGCACACCACCCAUCGCUGUAAGUGAAGCUGUUACGCGUGUGUCACCCGCUGGCGGUGCUGAGCCGCUCUAUGCCGAAAAGAAACUGAAGAAACCCUGCAUUGGUUUGGAGGCAGCGCAGCGUCCGACAAUCGCAUCGACGGUGAAAAUGACACAAGCCGCAAUUGAUAAGCAAAACUCACAGACGCAAGGCGAUAAAUUAAAUCAAAUCAAAGCAUUACGUCGUCAACAUCAGCAACAAACACACCAGCCUACAACAGUGCAACAGCUGUCACAGCAGGCGCCACCAACGAUAUUACAACAACAGUUGACAACGCAGCAUAAUUCACGUGGCAACAACGCCAACGCCAAUGCAUACUCCGUUGAUUUGGAACGCCAUAUGCGCGCCCGUUCACAGCCCUUCCGCAACAAUAUUACCAACAUAAUGUCGAGUGCACAUGGAACUGCUGGGACGGGAGAAAUGGCGCUGCCACAUGCAUUGCGACAGGCAGAUUGUCAAAGUAUGGCCGCUGCAACGGCAGCAGCGGCGUCGGCAGCAGCUACAGCGGCAGCGGUGGCGCAUGAGGCAAUGCUGGCAGCAACGGCGGCAUUGAACAACAAAAAUCUUUACAAUUCAACACACACGACAACGGUAACAACCGGAACUGGUGCACCGGGCACACGUGGUGAAGGUGGCACUGCUCUAACGACCACAACAGCAACGUCGGCAGCUGCGGCAGCGACACUACCCGGUGGCGGUGGCAGCGUGACGACGCGUGCGCGCAGUCUGGCCAUUUAUAGCAAGAGAAUGGGUUUUAUGCACUUACGCAAAGCGGAAACACAACAACUGCAACAACAACAGCAACAGCUGAACAAUAACAAUAGCAACAGCGCAAUUGGAAAUGUGGCAACAGGCAACAACACAACGGCGACGACUAGCAGCGGCUGUGCGCUGCCGCAUCAUCAUCACCACCACCAUCAUCACGAUGUCACCGCGCCUACGCUGAGCAGUCUCAAUAAGCAAACGAAAACGUACAACAACACUUUGAUUAGUUCGACAUUGAAUGUCGCCACAGCAGGCAUGAAUGAGAGCAAGAUACCGGUGGUGCGCGCAAACGCGGCACUUAUCGAUGUGAGUGGCGCGCCGACGACAACGUCAGCCAGCAGUAGCGGCAGCGGUAUAGGCUCAUGCGCUACAAUACCACCAACACGUGGCGGCGCCUCACGCGCGCCACAUCAUCACAUGACAUUGCGUGGGCGCUCGCGUAUACGUUAUAAUCGCGCGGGCGCUGCCGCGGUUGGCGCGACUGUGGAGCCCCCUUGCACAACUGUAACAGCGCGUUACUACCGCGACGCGUCCGCAAUACCGACAAUUUCGAGCGCUACGACUACGGCGGCUUCCACGCCAUUAGACGCUGGCGGCGGCGGCGGUGGUGGCACUGGUUGUAGUGGUGGUGGUGGUGGUGUCGGUGGCGCGCGUUCCGUUUCGGCAACGCUUGAUCUAAAUUCGAAUCCAUUGCAGGGCGGCGAUGCGAGCGGCGUCAGUGCCUUUGCGCACAAUAAAGUGACACAGUCGACUUCGCUACCAAAAUCGCAUAUUUAUUAUCAGCGACAUCACCAUCAUCAUAGUCAUGGCAGUAAUGCCAAUAAGCAUAAUAUCAACUAUAUUAAUAAUAAUAAUAGCAACAACAACAACAAUAAUAAUAAUAAUAACAAUAUUAAUGUACAAAUAAAUGAAAAUUUGCGUUCCACACCGCCUCUAGAUACAAACCGGCUGAGUAGCAACAACAAUUGCGGCGCUGGCAGCGGACGCGGCGGCAGUUACGAUGCGAUCAACACAUCACCAGCCGCCGCCAACUCAACAACAACAGCUGCUGCGCGCGCCUCGCCCACUGGCAUCCCGACGGGCAUCACGAAACGCAACAAACGUUCGCUGAGCAGCACGCGCCUCGAAAAGGACAAAUGCGAUGAGUACAAUACGAAACUGCUGCGCAAAACAGCUGGCAGCAAUGGCAAUGCGACAAUGCAGAGUAACAGCAACAACACAUGCGCAAGUGGGAGCAAUAACGCCAACAACAACAAUAACAACAACCAGCUAAGUGGUUGCGCCGGCGGUGGCAGUGGUGCUGCUGGCGCUGAGUUAAGUGCUGGUGGCAGCAACCGCACGGUGUCACAUGUUGGCGGCUAUCGCACGCGCAAUCACUUAACCAACGCAGCGCCGGCGCCAACGUCCGCCAACAACACCAUGCUCGAGUCAUCCACUGCUUCGUCGGCGUCGUCGACUUCCACAUCGGGCAUACCGACACCGACGGCGUCCAACACGGCGCAUGGCUUGUAUUUGCAGCGCGGCAGUGGCGCGCGCUAUGCUGCGGCGGCGGUGUUGGCGGUCGAGCGCGAGACAAAACUGAAGCUGCGCAAGAAAAUCAGUUACUGAGUGCGGCGCAGAUAUUCUCAGCUUCCCAAACGAAGUUCUGAUCUGUCCAAUUGAAGGAUUUGGUUUUAUGUUUUAAAUGAAAGGAAGCAAAUCAAGGAGCACAAUUUUUAUGGACAAAAUCUUUGAAUUUAAAAGUUUUGGACUCGGAAUAAAUAGAGAGAUACUCGGAAACCCUUCCACACCGCAUUUCAACACCCUCACUUAGGAGAAAGAAUAAUUUUGACGAGUUUCUCCUCAAAAACCGGCGAUUUGCGUAACAUUUUUAAUUUUUUAAAUUUAUGUGUAAGACCAAAUUUAUUUUUUCUGUAAUAAAAAUAUGCCCCAUGCGAUUCUGCGAAUUUCUGCAUUUUUAUAUUUUCUCUACGACCAGUAGUUUAGAAGUUAUAAGCAUUUUUGUAUUCGGUGGCUGCUUGCUACAUGCUCCUGGUCGCCUGGUAGAAAUCUGAGAUUUUGGCACCAAAUUAAAUGCAAUUUUUCUGCAGCGACGGCGGAUGCACCAAAAAUUUGCGUGGGGCGUUGCAUACGCAAAGGGGCCAAAAUUGGAACCCGGAAGCGGGGCAUAUCACGGACCGGAAACCGGAACAGUGCAACGACCGGAUAUGGAAUAACGGCACCACACUUCCGGUCUGAAACCAAACCGGAAGUCGACAACCGGAAACGGAAAUGCGGGAUCUAACCGGAAACGGGUGCCACUUCCGGUUUCUAAUUUCCGGUGUAAAAAUCAGGCCGGAAAUACAAUACCGUUAUGUCAUUUCCGUGACCACUGAAUACCGUUAUUCUGCUUCCUUCCGUGCUUAUCCUGUUCGCAACUUCCGGUUGGAACUACAUUUCCGGUCGAGAACUUCCGUUUCCGGUUGCCAACUUCCGGUUUGAUUUCGGACCGGAAGUGUGGUACCGUUAUUCCAUUUCCGGUCGAUACCCUGUUCCGGUUUCCGGUCCGUGAUAUGCCCCGCUUCCGGGUUCCAAUUUUGGCCCCUUUGCGUAUGCAACGCCCCACGCAAAUUUUUGGUGCAUCCCGCCGCCGCUGCAGAAAAAUUGCAUUUAAUUUGGUGCCAAAAUCUCAGAUUUCUACCAGGCGACCAGGAGCAUGUAGCAAGCAGCCACCGAAUACAAAAAUGCUUAUAACUUCUAAACUAAUGGUCGUAGAGAAAAUAUAAAAAUGCAGAAAUUCGCAGAAUCGCUUGGGGCAUAUUUUUAUUACAGAAAAAAUAAAUUUGGAUUUACACAGAAAUUUAAAAAAUUAAAAAUGUGUCCGAAAUCGCCGGUUUUUGAGGAGAAAAUCGUCAAAAUUAUUCUUUCUCCUAAGUGAGGGUGUUGAAAUGCGGUGUGGAAGGAUUUCCGAGUAUCUCUCUAUUUAUUCCGAGUCCAAAACUUUAAAAUUUGAACAUUUUGUCCAUAAACGAUUAGUUUCUGAUGAUAAUAUCCAACUUUUUGUUUGAUAAUUCUUUUUGAUAAUUAGGCAGUCCAGAUCUGAUGGGAUGGGAUAGAUGCCUUAAAUAUUUAUUGUCCUAUGUCAAAUUGUAUCGAAUAUGCACGGUCAUUAUUCAUUAAAAAAAUAACAAUUGAUUUAUUUUAAUAAA